AACCCAUCAAUAAUAAUCAAAUUUAAUAAUCCGUGAGUAAAAAGGUUAAAAAGAAAUGAAUUAAAAUACAUUUCUCCUCUCUUCGUGCCGGCCUGUAACCCAACCGGCCAACCCUUCCCUCUCGCCCACUAAUAUUUUUGGCUACGGAAGAAAAUAGAGUUCUGACUUCUGACACAACAGGAAAAUAAAAAUAAAAAAGAAAAUAUAAUUGAAUUCGAAGUUUCCGUUUCUCUCCUGCAAUUCCCUCUCCCUCCCUCCUUUCUCUGCAACAGUAAUAACAAUGGCGUCCUGACUGAUUUCGGCAGGAAAAAUAAUAGAGAUAUGGCUGCCAAUGCGACUGUCAGAGCUUCUGUCAGACACUUACAGAGUCCUUCUUCCCAUCCUUCAUUUUCUGCUUCUUCGUCUACCAUUUCUUCUUCCCCUGCUGCUUCUCCUUCCUCCUCCUCCUCUUCUUCCUAUUCUUCUGCUAGAAACGGAAACGGGAAUGGAGCUUCUCAAAAACAGCAGCAACACCAGCAGAGCAAUGGUUCGUCUGUCACUGUCAGGAAUAAGGCUCCUUCCGGCGCUGCCACCGGCACCCGCCGCUCCGUCACUCCGACUACUUCCCAUUCUCAGCGCUCGCCUUCGCCUUCCUCGUCGUCUUCUCACCACAACAAAGACAAUGAAUCUGGGAGAGUUAGACUUGCGGUUAGAGUGCGGCCCAGAAGUGCAGAGGAGGUCAUUUCAGAUGCCGAUUUUGCUGAUUGUGUUGAACUCCAACCAGAGCUGAAGAGGUUAAUGUUAAGGAAAAACAAUUGGAGUGCUGAGUCGUACAAAUUCGAUGAUGUUUUCACAGAAACAGCCUCUCAAAGGCGUGUAUAUGAAGCUGUUGCAAAGCCUGUUGUUGAGAGUGUAUUGAGCGGAUACAAUGGCACGGUUAUGGCUUACGGUCAAACGGGUACUGGGAAAACUUAUACCAUUGGCAGAAUGGGAAAGGAUGACGCAGCUGAGCGGGGCAUCAUGGUUAGAUCUUUAGAGGAUAUACUAUCUGGUACUAGCUCUAGCUCUGAUGUGGUGGAGAUCUCUUAUUUGCAGUUGUACAUGGAAUCCAUACAAGAUUUGCUCGCACCUGAGAAAGUCAAUAUCCAUAUCAACGAUGAUCCAAAGACUGGAGAACUGUCUAUACAUGGAGCUACAUUGGUUAAACUCCGCGAUCUUGAUCAGUUUUUGGAGUUGAUGCGAAUAGGGGAAGCAAACCGUCAUGCAGCUAACACUAAACAAAAUACGGAAUCUUCACGCAGUCAUGCAAUUUUGAUGGUCUUUGUACGCAGAUCUGUUCCGCAGAAAUCAGAAGAUGAAAUUGGUGUGGUGCCUAAUCUACCGCGAGGAAAUGACCUUUGUAAAGUUAGAAAGAGCAAGAUGCUAAUUGUUGAUCUUGCCGGUUCUGAAAGGAUAGACAAAACAGGCAGUCAAGGUCACUUACUCGAAGAGGCAAAGUUCAUUAAUCUUUCUCUCACUUCCCUUGGGAAAUGUAUAAAUGCUUUGGCUGAGAACAGUCUGCAUAUACCUACAAGGGACUCGAAGUUGACUAGAUUACUGUGUGAUUCUUUUGGAGGUUCUGCGAGGACCUCACUAAUUGUAACAAUCGGCCCAUCUGCACGACACCUUCCAGAGACCAGUAGCACAGUUAUGUUUGGACAACGGGCAAUGAAAAUUGUAAAUAUGGUGAAACUUAAAGAAGAGUUUGAUUACGAACGUCAAUGCCGGAAGCUUCAGAUACUGGUAGACCAGCUGACCGUGGAAAUAGAAAGGGAGAAGAAGUUGAGGGUUAGCGAAAGGUAUGCUUGUGAAAGGCAGGUUAAUGAAUGUCGGGACUCUUUAAAGAAUGUUGCAAUGAAAUCUGAGUUCUUGGAGAAGGAGAAGUCUCAUAUGGAGGUUCAGAUAAAGGAUAUCGUGAAUGAAUUGGACAACCAAAAGGCACAAAAUGGUGGACUGUGUGAUAAGGUGGCACAGCUGGAAAUGAGGUUGAGGCUUAGCCAGCUUGAAAAUUCGACAUAUCAAAAAGUGCUUGCUGAAACCACACAAUUGUACGAGGAGAAAAUAGCAGAGUCUAAAAAGCAGCUCGAAGACAAACAUGAUUCGCAUGAAAGUGCCAAUGAAGAACUAAAUAUGAUGAAGGAACUCCUAAAUGACCGUCAUACAUCAAUAAGGCAACACGAGAUGGAAAGCUCUACGUAUCAGAAGGCACUUGGAGAGACCACUCAGAUGUAUGAGAAGAGAGUAGAGGAGUUAAUCAAGGAGCUUGAAGAGGAGCAUGCUCAUACUUCCAAUGCCGAGAAACAAUUAGAGAUGACUAAAAAGCUCCUAACUGAUUGCAAAAAGUCAAUUCAGAAACAUGAGGCAGAAAACUGUUCGUUCCAGAAAGCACUUGCAGAAACUAAACAACUGUACGAGAACAGAAUAUCGGUGCUAAUCGAGCAACAAGAUGACGAGAAGGCUCAUUUGAAGGGAGCAAAACCUCUGAGCGACCAGCAGAACGUAAUGCAGGAUAUAGAUGAUAUGGACGAAUCCCGGAUAAAGAUUGAAGAAGUCUCCCACCUUAAUGCGAGCACUAAAGCUGAGCUUGACUCCUUGAAGUCUGAUUAUGAAGAUGUCUUACAAGGAAAGGCAAGAUUAAAUGAAGAACUUCUGGAAGUGAAGCAAAGACUUGAAAUGGAAGAGAAGCAAAGGAAGAAUGUUGAAAACGAACUGGCUAAAUUGAAGAAGAGCGGACCUGAAAUUGAAAAUUGCUUUGAGGAUACGUCAUCCAUGAAGGAAAAUAUUGGUAAACCCUCUUCAGCAAAUAAACUUCCGGCAGGAUUACACAAGUCAGGCCCUCUACGCGAAACACUUUCAGUUCAGAGAGCAUCUAUUGCAAAGAUGUGCGAGGAAGUUGGGGUUCAAAAGAUAUUGCAGCUAUUGGCAUCAGAUGAUCCUGAUGUUCAAAUCCAUGCUGUGAAAGUGGUUGCUAAUCUUGCAUCUGAAGACAUAAAUCAAGAGAAAAUUGUGGAGGAAGGAGGUUUAGACGCCUUGCUUAUGCUGCUGAAAUCUUCGCUGAACACAACUAUACUUCGAGUGACUUCUGGGGCCAUUGCCAACUUAGCAAUGAACGAUUUAAAUCAAGGAUUUAUAAUGAGCAAAGGUGGUGCUGAGCUACUGGCAGUGACAGCAACUAGAACAGACGACCCACAGACCCUCAGAAUGGUAGCCGGUGCCCUUGCCAACUUAUGUGGAAAUGAGUCAUUACACUUGAUGUUGAAGAAAGAUGGAGGCAUAAAGGCACUCUUAGGGAUGGCCAAGUGUGGAAACACCGACGUAGUUGCACAGGUCGCCAGAGGAAUGGCCAAUUUUGCGAAAUGUGAAUCCCGAACCACCCUUCAAGGGCACAGGAAAGGGCGUUCACUUCUGAUGGAUGAAGGUGCUUUAGAGUGGCUGAUCGCUAAUUGUAGCACACAUUCGACUUCUACGAGACGCCAUGUUGAGCUCGCCCUCUGUCAUUUAGCACAAAACGAAGGGAAUGUCAAGGAGUUUGUAUCCGGUGGAGGGUCCAGAGAACUGGUCAGAAUAUCGAACGAAUCUGCCAGAGAAGACAUUCGCAGCCUUGCCAGGAAGACUAUGAAAAUGCAUCCACCAUUACUGUAAAAAGUAAAAAGAUACUGAUCUCAUCUUAUCAUGCCAGAAUAUCUCAUCUCACAAUUAGCAGCUUCUCUGUUCUAUAGCUUUCCUUUUCUGGCUGAGUAAUUUUAAUCCAAUGUUCCCAUUCAGGAAAUUUUACCAGUAUGGUAACAUUAUGACUGAAAUUUUGUCACUGUAUAUGAAAGAGCUAUGUAAUGGGGAUAUAAACCUCACAUACUACUCUCUUCUGAUUCUCACUUGGGAAAACUUGAAAGAUACAGUAACGAAAGAACCGAGAUCUAUCCAUUUGAACUAGAGAAACAGACUAAAGGUAAUGGGCAACCAAAUCAGUUGUCCGGAGUGGCAGCUCCUUGGUUGAGCUCCGCAAAUCUCAUCCCAACACGCAUUGAAUGCUUCAAGAACUUCUCGGCACAUCUCGUCACACAAGUUUCCUCCUGCUUCUUGAGAGAUUUGCGGGUGAAGUCAUCCACGCAGUCGGUAAAGCAUCUCUCCACAAGCGAGUUGUACAUCUUCAAACUGCAGCGGAUUUGGAGCUGGUCGAUCAUGGAGGCCAUUCGCAUCUUGUCUUCCUCGGGCAUACCUUCCAGCCCAGCGAGCAUAUUCUUGUCCAUCUCGGAAGGAUUUUCCCGACGUCCCCGCUCUCGGAGAAAGAUCGCAAGACGAUCGCGAAAGUUGCUUCUUCCGGCUGGGCGGAGGAGCUGAUCAGAGAGGUUGCGAGGGAGGGAGAGAGGUUUAUCAGCCAAGAUUUAGGGUUUACACUUGACAACUUUCUCUACUGUUGUCCUCAUGGCUUUAUUGUCGACUGCAAAACGGCAAACCCUUGGCUAGAUAUCCACGUAGGGACCGAUCACCGAUGGUUAACGACUCGGUCUCUACUCUCU